AGCAACCAGGCACAGAGACAGGUAAUCGGGACAGCAACAGGUAGACGCAGACGUCCAUCCACUCAUUUACUGAUCAUUUACUGGGUGCCUGCUUCCAGUAAAGGCAUUGCAUUUGGAAGAAUCAGGCAACAUCUGGCUCAGCCUUGCUUUUGUAGAUACCCCCUUGGUGGCUUCUUUAAAAGCACACUUACAGCCUGCCUGCAGCGUGGAGUAAUUCAGAUUUAGAUAGGGAUAAAAGCCAACGGGAAAUGAAGAAAGCAAUCUGGGUUGUCUAUGGUCUGCACAGAAAAUAGCACAGGAAGCAAGAGUGUUUAUUUUGUACUAAGUCGGCAAUAGGAGUGAGAAAUUGGGACAAAUAGCAUGAAAUCGGAGUAGUGUAGAUUCAGGUUAGGCUUUGAAGAAUACUCCCUGAGGAAAAAAUAGUGACUAGCAUCACGCUCACUUUCUUUUAAUCAGCAAAACAGAAUGUUUCUUUCUCACCCAUAUUUAAAAGAGAAUAUUUGGAACUGAUUAUUUGCUUGCUGAUUUAAUUGAAUAACUUUUAUGUUUCCUAUCUUUGAUCAUUGGGUUACACGUUCUGCAAUGUUAAUCACACUGGCAGCAAAUGAAGGAUGAAAAGCAGUUUGGAAAUGUUAAAAACAUUCUCAAAGCAGGCUUUCCUGAAUAAGUAGCUGAUCCAUAUGCCAUGUUAAUUUCCAAGAACUUUGCAUAACAUCAUCUGUGGCACAAUGGGUUGAACCCUUGUGCCGAAAGGACUGCUGACCAAAACGUCAGUGGUUCAAAUCCAGGGAACAGGGUGAGCUUCCAUCUGUCAGCUCCAGCUCCCCUUGCAGGGACAUGAGAGAAGCCUUCCACAGGAUGGUAAAACAUCUGGGUGUCCCCUGGCAAUAUCCUUGCAGACAGCCAAUUCUCUCACACUAGAAGUACUUGCAGUUUCUCUCGUCACUCCUGAAAUGAAAAAAAAAAUCUGUGUUGUUACACUGUGUUUUCAUAUUUAUAUGUGCUUCUGACCAACUGCAGUAUUGUUUGCUGACCACAUUUUGAGAAUACAUCUCUGAAAAAAGAAUGCAGACAUAUCCAGUGAAUGCUGAAGAAGUUGUGAAAAACAGCAAAGAUUAAAAUGCGGUUAGGGAAUUCUGCCCCCUUUCUGAGAGUAACUUUUUGGAUACAAAAUAUAGAUCUGGCAAGAUCAGAUAGAAGAAAUUGGUAGUGGAGUGGUGGUGGUAUUACUUUCCAAUUGACAGCCUUGGAGAGAUAUUGAAAAGUACAGCUUUGGGGUGGUAGGACUUUGAAUUGAUGGUCAGGCCUGACAUGAGUUCUUUGAAUUGAUGUUGCUUCUCCAGCCAUUGCAAACGAAGCCUUAACAGGGAAUUUUCACGGAAAUUGGAUCACAUUUGAAAACAAUCCAGACACAGCUGGAGCCAAGGAAAAAUUCAUCAUGAAUCCAGAUAACACUUUCAACAUUGUGAGAGCACAUACUGAUUCUGUCUAUAACAUGAGCCAUGCCAAACAAAUACCAGAGUUGCCACCUUUGCCUCCUUUGGCUGCAGAAGAACCUUCUGAAGUGUAUCAGAUGAUCCAAAAGAGCAGCUAUUAUCCUCCUCUGAUGCAGAGAGCAUCCUGGACUUUGGCAUCUCCAUUCAAAGAGCUACCUUAUUUCCGGAGUCCAAGCAACAUCAUUGCCAAUAACUAUACUCUCACAGCACGCAGCCUGACAACGCAGGAUCUGCAGAAGAUAGCUUCGGCCAUAAGGGCAAAGAAGAAACUUGCCUUGGCGAAACAAAAAGCUGGAUCUUUAUUUUCAAAAGAAUAUGUUCCUUCUGAGAAGAAGGCAAAACUUUCAUUAGGAACCACAGUUGGUGAAUAUGAGAGUGUUACAGCACCAUCCCAAGCAUAUGGUUCAGAUUCCUUACAGAUGAAUCAGCAAGCCCCAGCGGUAGAGAUUCCUCAUUAUUCUGACAGCCACCCGUUGACUCCAGAAGAACAGCUGGUUGUGAUGCUCUACUAUGAAGACAAGAUAAGCAAGGAAGAAGUGUUACCUACUGAUAUUGAUCUGGAGCGAUACUGUUACUACAUCCAUAAAGGCAUCCGGAAAGACAUGCUGGCACCACAGGAUGAACUUGUGAUGGAGAAUAUUUUAAGUCUUAUCCCAAGUCGCUUUCUCACCAAUCUGCACCUGGAGGCCUUACGGAAAAGUUUAAAAGAAGAGAUUCAAGAUGAUUAUCAUAUUUGGCUAAUGAAAGACAUUGUUGAUUAUAUCUUGAUGGAUCCAGAUGAGAGAAGGAGGCUUUUCAUAUGCAACAUUCCACGGCCUUUCCCGCAAAGAAUGAUCCGUGCACCAGUUCCAUGGCACAAGAUGUACCAGGAAGUGAAAAUCUGGAAUGAGAGUCACCUCUUUACAGUGAACCCUAUGAUGCUUACUUUACAGCACCUCUGGUUCAAAGAAUUUUGUGAACUUAGGUUUGUUCGCACCAAGGAAAUCCUUGCAGGUGAUUUGCCACUGCUGCCCAAUGAAUUCGAGGAAUUAAUCCACAAGCACUGCCAGGAAGCCCAUGAUAUUCUUCUGAACAGGUGGAUUCCCACAUGUGCAGAUCUCUUUAUCGAUCAGAAGAACAAUUGGCUCCAUCUUGCUCCACAGAACGAUCUGGACUCUUCUCAACAGAUAGAAGAAUAUUUUGCCUCAGUAGCAAUCCUCAUGUCAUUACAACUACGGGAAAUGGUCAUUAAUUCAUUUGAAGACCUCCUUUCCUUUUUUAAGAUACAUAAGGAUGGCAAUGACUUUGGAGAAACAUACGAUGAAAUGCAGUUCUUUAUACCACAAAUACUAGUCCUUAAAUUGGAUGUGGAGGAUCCCAACAUUAUAUUUGAGCCAGAUACAGGAGCUUGCUGGGAUUUAAUCUUUCGCUGCUUCAUGGAGGUUCUAAAGAAUUCUGAGGGACUUCCAAAGGUCCAAGUUAAACUUUUCCCAGAAUUAAAAGGAGACGACCUAAUUCUUCGCACUGUCCAAGCAGAUGAAUCUUUAGUUUCCAAAUAUUUGGAGAAAACAGGCGAGAUAUUUGAUCGCAAUCUAAUUGGUCCACAAAAAUAUUUAAACGUGUACAACAAAUACAGCGAUCUCUUGAACAACAAUGCAGAGCAAGAUGUGACUGAUUUUUUGAGCAAGCGGCAUGAUCUGGACGAUUUUAUGAUGAAAAUCGAUGGUUUGACAAAACUGAAAAAAGAAAUAGCCUCUAUGCACGUUACUGUUCCUCUGGCCAUGUUUUGCCUUGAUGCAUUAAAGCUGAAUGAAUUGCUUUGCCAACGGACUCAAAGGCUGAAGGACAGACUGAUAGAGUUUGAAAUCGAGGAAAACAGGGAGUUAAACCAAAGCAUUUGCAAUCAGUACAACAUAAUUGCAGACAAAGUCAGUGAAGUGCCUUUGAACACCGAAGAGCUUGUUGAGCUGACGGCCUAUUUGAAAAAAUCCAGCGAUGUGACUGUUUUUAAACUGCGCCGUGAAAUUAAGGAGGCUAUCUACAGACUUGAGUUCUUGUUGGACUAUGCGGACCUUCCUUAUGAUGAUAUAAAACUAAACAGUACUGUUCUGCAUUGGCCGGAUGAGAUUGAGAUCAUUUUUGAAACCAGUAGGAACCAGCUGAUGAACCGACGGGAUCAUGCAGAACUUGCUUUGAUCAAAAGAUGCUCAGAGUUUGAGGGUAUCCUGGAAGGUUACAAUAAAGAAGUUGAUAGUUUCCGAAAGAAAGAUGUCAUGACCAUGGAAGAAAUGAAGAACAAUGUGGAAAAAUUCAGCGAGUUAUCUAAGAAUUUGGACUUUGCCCUGGCUGAAUAUGAAGCUAUUAAUAAAGAAGAAGAAUUACUUGAACGAGAAAAAAGUCAAUUUCCCCUGCUUCAGACCAUUAUCACUCACAAACUACCAUUUGAGCAGCUUUGGGUGACUGCUUAUAAUUUCAGUGUGAGGUCCGAGGAAUGGAUGAAUGGACCUCUGGUAAACCUGAAUGCUGAAGAAAUCACUGAAGAUGUUGCAAACAUGUGGAGGACCAUGUACAAGUUGACCAAGUCCUUGGUGGACUACCCUGGCCCUAGGCGUUUAGCAGAAAAUGUGAAAUUUAAAAUUGACAAAUUCAAACAGCACCUCCCUGUUCUCUCUAUUGCCUGCAACCGUGGGAUGAAGGAUAGACACUGGGAGCAGAUCAGUGAUGUAAUUGGAUAUGAGAUAAGACCCGAUGAAACAACAUCCCUCAUGAAUAUGUUGGAAUACGGACUUUCAAAAUUCAUUGACAAGUUAGAGCCCAUAGGAGCAGCAGCUAGCAAGGAGUAUUCCUUAGAGAAAAAUAUGGAGAAAAUGAAAUCAGAAUGGGCGAACAUCUGCUUCACUUUUGUAAAAUACAGGGACACGGAUACCAGCAUUCUCUCAGCAAUUGAUGACAUCCAGCUCCUGCUUGAUGAUCACAUUGUCAAGACUCAGACAAUGUGUGGUUCUCCAUUCAUCAAACCAAUAGAAACAGAGUGUCGGCGGUGGGAAGAUAAGCUUGUCACGAUGCAAGAGAUUUUAGACAACUGGUUGAAAUGCCAGUCAACAUGGCUUUACCUGGAGCCCAUCUUCAGUUCGGAGGACAUCAUUGCUCAGAUGCCGGAGGAGGGGAGGAAGUUUGGGAUAGUGGAUACUUACUGGAAAGACAUCAUGAUGCAAGCAGUGAAAGACACCAGAGUAUUGAUUGCUACUGAACAGCCGAAAAUGUUGGAGAGACUUCAGGAAGCAAAUCUUCUUUUGGAAGAUAUCCAGAAGGGCCUGAAUACAUAUUUGGAAAAGAAAAGAUUAUAUUUUCCAAGAUUCUUCUUCCUUUCUAAUGACGAGUUGCUGGAGAUUCUGUCUGAAACCAAAGACCCUCUCCGCGUCCAGCCGCACUUGAAGAAGUGCUUUGAGGGAAUUGCAAAACUUGAAUUCACAGAGGACAUGGAGAUCACAGGAAUGAUCAGCUCUGAGAAAGAAGUUGUUCCUUUUAUUAAGAAAAUCUUCCCAGCACAUGCUAAAGGCAUGGUUGAGAAAUGGCUUUUACAAGUAGAAGAAAUGAUGUUGAGCAGCAUUAGGCAUGUCAUAUCAAAGGGCAUUGAAGGAUAUGUUGAGGUUCCUCGGAAUCAAUGGGUUUUGCAAUGGCCAGGGCAAAUUGUGAUCUGUGUGUCCUCAAUCUUCUGGACAAAAGAAGUGUCGGAAGCCAUAAAAGAAAGAACCUUACCUGAAUUUUUGAAGAAAAGCAACAAACAAAUUGCAGAAAUAGUUGAACUGGUGAGAGGAAAGCUGUCAGGUGGAGCUCGGUUGACCCUGGGAGCCCUCACAGUCAUCGAUGUCCAUGCACGCGAUGUAGUUGCAAAACUGGCCGAAGACCAGAUUUCAGAUCUAAAUGAUUUCCAGUGGAUUUCUCAGCUGAGAUAUUACUGGGAAGAUGACGACGUGAUGGUUCGAAUGAUUACUACCGAAGCCAAAUAUGGCUAUGAAUACCUUGGCAAUUCCCUGCGUUUGGUGAUAACACCACUGACAGACCGAUGCUACAGAACCCUAAUGGGAGCUUUGAAAUUAAACUUGGGCGGUGCUCCUGAAGGACCUGCAGGAACGGGCAAAACCGAAACAACCAAAGAUCUUGCAAAAGCACUGGCCAAACAGUGUGUUGUCUUCAAUUGCUCUGAUGGUCUUGAUUACAAAGCCAUGGGGAAAUUCUUUAAAGGAUUGGCACAGGCUGGAGCGUGGUCCUGCUUUGAUGAAUUCAACAGAAUUGAGGUUGAAGUGCUGUCUGUAGUGGCACAGCAGAUUCUCAGUAUCCAGCAGGCCAUUAUUAGAAAACUCAAAACAUUUAUGUUUGAAGGCACCGAGAUUUCCCUUAACCCAACAUGUGCGGUAUUUAUCACUAUGAAUCCUGGAUAUGCUGGACGGGCAGAGCUUCCUGAUAACCUGAAGGCUUUGUUCCGUACAGUAGCUAUGAUGGUUCCAGACUAUGCUUUGAUUGGUGAAAUAUCGCUUUAUUCAAUGGGAUUCCUUGACUCCAGAAGUCUUGCCCAGAAAAUUGUUGCUACCUAUCGACUCUGUUCUGAACAGUUAUCAUCACAGCAUCAUUAUGAUUACGGAAUGCGUGCAGUAAAAUCUGUCCUGACAGCAGCAGGAAACCUGAAGCUAAAGUACCCAGAUGAAAAUGAAAGCGUAUUACUGCUGAGGGCACUGCUGGAUGUUAACUUAGCGAAAUUUUUAGCACAAGAUGUUCCUCUGUUUCAGGGGAUCAUAUCGGAUUUGUUUCCUGGAGUGAUUCUGCCCAAACCCGAUUAUGAGCUCUUCAUCCAGGCUCUGAAUCAGAAUAUCCAAAAAAUGAAUCUUCAGCCAGUGCCAUGGUUUAUUGGAAAAAUUAUUCAGAUUUAUGAAAUGAUGAUGGUACGCCAUGGCUAUAUGAUUGUUGGGGAACCCAUGGGAGGCAAAACCAGUGCCUACAAAGUCCUAGCUGCAGCUCUCGGGGAUUUGAGCCAAAAUAGUUCAUCAGAGGAAUCUGCCGUCGAGUUCAGAAUUAUCAAUCCCAAAGCGAUCACCAUGGGGCAGCUGUAUGGCUGUUUCGACCCUGUCAGCCAUGAAUGGACAGAUGGUGUCCUUGCAAACACUUUCAGAGAACAGGCUUGCUCUACGACCGAGGACAGGAAGUGGAUUGUCUUUGACGGCCCAGUGGAUGCUGUUUGGAUAGAGAACAUGAACACCGUACUAGACGAUAAUAAGAAGCUGUGCUUAAUGAGUGGUGAAAUCAUUCAGAUGAGUGCAAAAAUGAGCUUAAUGUUUGAGCCAGAAGAUCUGGAACAAGCAUCUCCUGCCACAGUCAGCCGGUGUGGGAUGAUUUACAUGGAACCUCAUCAGUUAGGUUGGAAGCCUCUGAAAGAUUCAUAUAUGAACACAUUGCCUUCAGUCUUGCAAGAUGUACACAAAGAACUGAUUGAAGACUUGUUCAUGUGGUUAGUUCAGCCUUGCUUGGAUUUCAUUCGCCUUUACUGCAGAGUCUUCCUUCAGACAUCUCCCAUACAUCUCACCUAUACCAUGAUGAACCUGUUUACUGCUUUGCUUGAUGAAAUAAGUCAUUCCAGUGACGAAGAAGGAGAAACCAUGUCCAGUCAGCAAAUCACCUUGUGGCUUCAAGGCCUCUUCCUUUUUGCCUUGGUUUGGACCAUUGGUGGCACCCUCAAUGCAGAGAGCAGAAAGAAAUUUGACCACUUCUACCGAAAUCUUCUGAUGGGAAUGGAUGAUGAAAACCCACGUCCCAAAAGUGUGAAGCUAACCAAAAAUAAUAUCUUCCCAGAAAGAGGAAGUGUGUACGACUUUUAUUUUCAUAAGCAAGCUAGUGGACAAUGGAACAUGUGGACAGAGUAUAUAACAAAAGAAGAGCAGACCAUCGCGGCUGGUACAAAGGUUUCAGAACUUAUCAUUCCAACAAUGGAAACAGCCAGACAGAUGUUUUUCCUGAAAGCCUACGUGGACCAUGAAAUCCCAAUGUUGUUUGUGGGACCCACUGGGACCGGGAAAUCCGCAAUUACCAACAGCUUCUUGAUCCAGCUUCCAAAGGCGAAAUACACCCCCAACUUCAUCAAUUUUUCUGCCCGAACCACAGCAAAUCAGACACAGGAUAUUAUUAUGUCAAAGCUGGACAGGAGAAGGAAGGGAUUGUUUGGACCUUCAGCCGGGAAAAAAGCCAUUGUGUUUGUGGAUGACUUAAAUAUGCCAGCAAAGGAAGUCUAUGGAGCACAGCCACCUAUAGAACUCCUGCGGCAGUGGAUUGAUCAUGGCCACUGGUAUGACAAGAAGGACACGUCCAGGCUAGAUAUUGUUGAUGUUCUGUUUGUUUCAGCAAUGGGACCUCCAGGUGGUGGUAGGAAUGAUAUUACAGGGCGUUUCACGCGGCACUUGAAUAUUAUCUCCAUCAGUGCUUUUGAUGAUGAGGUUUUAACCAAGAUUUUUUCUUCCAUUGUUGACUGGCACUUCAGCAAAGGGUUUGAGGCAUCAUUUCUAAGGCUUGGAAAAAUGUUGGUCCAGGCAACCAUGAAUAUUUACAAGCUGGCUGUGGAAAACUUCCUCCCCACUCCUUCCAAAUCUCACUAUGUCUUUAACCUGCGUGAUUUCUCCCGGGUGGUUCGAGGCGUGCUGCUGUGCCCACAUACUCAUUUGCAGGAUGGAGAGAAAUUGAUCAGGCUUUGGAUUCAUGAAGUUUAUCGUGUCUUCUAUGACCGCUUAAUAGACGCAAAAGACAGGGAGGUGUUUUUUAACAUGGUGAAAGAAACCACCUCUGACUGUUUCAAACAAAGUGUUGAUAAGGUAUUAAGCCAUUUGUCACGUACUGGGAAGAUCCAAGAUGAAAACAUCCGAAAACUGUUCUUUGGGGAUUACUUUAACCCAUCCAGUGAUGCCAAAAUUUAUGAUGAAAUCACAGAUUUAAAGAAGCUGACAUCCGUCAUGGAGUAUUAUCUGGAGGAGUUCAAUAACAUCAGCAAAGCCCCCAUGUCUUUGGUCAUGUUUGGUUUUGCUAUUGAGCACAUCUCCCGGAUCUGCCGAGUCCUGAAGCAAGAUAACGGCCACUUGUUGCUGGUGGGCAUUGGCGGGAGCGGCCGACAGAGUGCCACCAAGCUGGGCACGUUCAUGAAUGCCUACGAACUCUUCAUGAUUGAGAUCACCAAGUUCUAUACCACAAAUGACUGGAGGGAAGAUCUCAAGAGAGUCAUGAUGCAAUCGGGAGUGGCCAACAAAAGCACUGUCUUCUUAUUCAGCGAUAACCAGAUAAAGGACGAGUCGUUUGUGGAGGAUAUCAACAUGCUUUUGAACACAGGUGACGUUCCUAACAUAUUUGCCGCUGAUGAGAAAGCUGAAAUUGUGGAAAAAAUGCAGGGUGCUGCAAGGACUGAAGGCAGAAGAAUUGACGCUACCCCUUUGGCCAUGUACAACUUUUUUAUUGAACGUGUGAGGAAAAACCUGCAUAUUGUUUUAGCAAUGAGUCCCAUUGGAGAUGCAUUCCGGAAUCGCUUACGAAUGUUCCCUUCGCUGAUCAAUUGCUGUACUAUUGAUUGGUUUCAACAAUGGCCCACGGAUGCUUUGGAACUGGUUGCCAACAAAUUCUUAGAGGACGUGAAACUGGAAGAUGAAGUCAGAAAAUCGGUUGUAGUCAUGUGCAAAUUUUUCCAAGAAAGCGUUAGAGAGCUCUCGGUCAGCUACUACAAUACUCUUCGAAGACACAAUUAUGUAACACCAACAUCCUACCUGGCAUUGAUUCUGACUUUCAAGACACUGCUCAAUAGCAAAAGGCAAGAAGUUGAUACGAUGAGAAAUCGUUACCUUGUGGGCCUUCAAAAACUUGACUUUGCUGCUUCACAAGUUGCAGUUAUGCAGAAGGAGCUGACAGCUCUUCAGCCUGAAUUGAUAAAAACCUCUGAAGAAACAGAUAAAAUGAUGGUUCAUAUAGAAAAAGAAACAGUUGAGGUGGAUGCUAAGAAAGAGCUGGUGGCUGCUGAUGAACAGGAAGCCAACGAAGCUGCUGCUGUGUCGCAGGGCAUUAAGGAAGAGUGCGAGGGGGACCUUGCUGAGGCCAUGCCGGCUCUGGAGGCUGCUCUUGCGGCGCUUGAUACUCUCAAUCCUGCGGAUAUCUCCCUCGUCAAAUCCAUGCAGAAUCCUCCAGGGCCUGUCAAGCUUGUCAUGGAGAGCAUUUGUGUCAUGAAGGGAAUAAAACCGGAGAGAAAGCCUGAUCCAAGUGGAAGCGGUAAAAUGAUAGAAGACUACUGGGGCAGUUCCAAAAAGGUUUUAGGAGACCUGAAAUUCCUGGAGGGCUUAAAGACUUACGACAAAGAUAAUAUUCCUCCCGCUGUAAUGAAAAGGAUUCGAGAGAAGUUUAUCAAUCACCCAGACUUCCAACCUGCCGUCAUCAAAAAUGUAUCAUCUGCCUGCGAGGGUUUGUGUAAAUGGGUGAGAGCCAUGGAGGUGUAUGACCGUGUCGCAAAGGUGGUGGCGCCAAAGCGUGAACGGCUGCGGAAGGCAGAAGGCUUGCUCGAGAUCCAGAUGCAGAAGCUGAAUACAAAGCGCGCAGAACUCAAGAUGCUGAUGGAUCGCCUCCAAGCCCUGAAUGACGAGUUUGAAGAAAUGAACAACCGGAAGAGAGAACUGGAGCAUAAUAUUGAAAUCUGUUCCCAGAAGCUGAUUCGUGCUGAAAAAUUGAUCAGUGGCUUGGGAGGAGAGAAGGACAGAUGGACAGAAGCAGCCCGCUUAUUAGGGAUUCGCUAUACAGACCUUACUGGGGAUGUCUUGUUGUCUUCAGGCACAGUAGCUUAUCUGGGAGCAUUUACUGUUGAUUAUCGCCAACAAUGUCAGCAGAAAUGGCUGGCCCUUUGCAAGGGGGAGAAGAUCCCAUGUUCGAAUGAUUUCAGCCUGAGUAACACAUUGGGGGAUCCAGUCAAGGUCCGUGCCUGGCAGAUUGCAGGGUUACCCAUUGAUUCUUUUUCCAUUGACAAUGGCAUCAUUGUUUCCAAUUCCAGGCUGUGGGCUUUAAUGAUUGAUCCUCAAGGACAAGCCAACAAGUGGGUCAAAAAUAUGGAAAAGGGCAACAAGCUCUCUGUCAUCAAAUUAUCUGAUACGAAUUAUGUGAGAACCUUGGAAAAUGCUAUCCAGUUUGGAACCCCCAUCUUGCUUGAAAAUAUUGGUGAAGAACUGGAUGCUUUUUUGGAGCCGGUAUUGCUAAAGACCACUUUUAAGCAACAAGGUGUGGAAUACAUGAGACUAGGAGAAAAUAUUAUUGAGUACUCACAUGAUUUCAAGCUGUACAUUACAACGCGCUUGAGGAACCCACAUUAUCUCCCUGAAGUGGCUGUGAAAGUUUGCCUGCUGAACUUUAUGAUCACACCUCUUGGUCUUCAGGACCAGCUUUUGGGGAUUGUGGCUGCGAAGGAAAAACCCGAUCUGGAAGAAAAGAAAAACAAGCUGAUUGUUGAGAGUGCAGCUAACAAGAAACAGCUGAAGGAGAUUGAGGACAAAAUCCUCGAAGUGCUUUCCAAAUCAGAAGGAAAUAUCUUAGAAGACGAAACAGCUAUUAAAGUUCUCUCUUCCUCCAAAGUGUUGUCUGAAGAAAUUUCAGAAAAGCAGGAAAUUGCCACCGCCACUGAGAUAGAAAUAGAUGCUACUCGGAUGGGAUACAAGCCCGUUGCUGUUCAUUCAGCAACAGUCUUCUUCUGCAUUUCUGACUUGGCAAACAUUGAGCCCAUGUAUCAGUAUUCCUUGGUAUGGUUCAUUAACCUCUAUGUCCAGUCUCUUGCAAAUAGCAGGAAAAGUGAGGUCCUAGAAGAAAGGAUUGACAACAUCAUUGACCAUUUCACAGUCAGCAUUUACAACAAUGUCUGCCGAUCCCUGUUUGAGAAGGACAAGCUUCUUUUCUCUCUUCUCCUGACGGUAGGAAUUAUGAAAGGGAAAGGCGAGAUAGAUGACGAGGUCUGGCGUUUUUUGCUGACGGGUGGUGUUGCUCUUGAUAACCCAUAUCCCAAUCCAGGCCCUGAAUGGCUGACUGACAAGUCGUGGGCUGAGAUUGUGCGUGCAUCAGGCCUGGAAAACUUGCAUGGCUUGAUGGAUCAUUUCGAAGCCAACAUCUGGUCGUGGAAAAUGAUUUAUGAUUCUGCCAAACCCCAUGAAGAAUUAUUUCCGGGAGAGUGGAACUUGUCCACAGGUCUUGACCGCAUGGUCAUCCUCCGAUGCCUGAGGCCAGAUAAAAUCAUUCCAGCUACCCAACGCUUUAUCACAGAAAAUAUGGGAAGGACCUACAUCGAACCUCCAACUUUUGAUCUGGCAGGAAGUUACAAUGAUUCUAAUUGCUGUGCACCACUCAUUUUCAUCUUGUCUCCAGGUGCAGAUCCAAUGGCAGGCUUGUUGAAGUUUGCUGAAGACCUUGGCAUGGAAAGCAUACAGACCAUUUCCCUUGGACAAGGGCAAGGCCCAUUUGCAGCCAAGAUGAUCAACAAGGCAAUUGUGGAUGGGACUUGGGUGGUGUUGCAGAACUGUCAUCUUGCAACCAGCUGGAUGCCUGCUUUGGAAAAAAUCUGUGAAGAAGUGAUUGUGCCUGAAACCACUCAUGUCAAAUUCAGGUUAUGGUUAACCAGCUAUCCAUCUGAAAAGUUUCCCGUGAGCAUCCUCCAGAAUGGAAUAAAAAUGACCAAUGAGCCGCCAAAAGGACUGAGGGCCAAUCUCCUUCGAUCCUACCUCAAUGACCCAAUUUCUGAUGCCACAUUCUUUAAUAGUUGUGAAAAGACAGAAAUCUGGCAGAAACUGCUGUUUGGCCUUUGUUUUUUCCAUGCACUUGUACAAGAAAGAAGAAACUAUGGACCUUUGGGUUGGAACAUUCCAUAUGAAUUCAAUGAAUCUGAUCUCAGAAUCAGUAUGAGGCAGAUCCAGAUGUUUCUCAAUGAGUAUGAAGAAACCCCAUUUGAAGCUCUAACAUAUCUUACAGGGGAAUGUAACUAUGGCGGGAGAGUGACAGAUGACAAGGACAGGCGCCUCCUCCUCUCACUUCUUUCCAUUGUGUAUUGCAAAGAAUUAGAAACAGAAGAAUAUUAUAGACUUUCCCGUAGUGGGGAAUAUUAUAUACCGCCCUGCGGGUCAUACCAGUCUUAUAUAGAUUACUUGAGAAGUCUACCCAUUACGACCAACCCGGAUGUAUUUGGGCUCCAUGAGAAUGCUGAUAUUACGAAAGAUAACCAAGAAACGAACUUGCUUUUUAAUGGCAUCUUGUUGACGCUGCCGAGACAAGCAGGGGGAGCUGGGAAAUCCCCCCAGGAAACUGUUGAGGAAUUAGCAAAGGACAUACUCUCCAAGUUGCCACCAGACUUCGAUUUAGAAAGUGUAAUGGAAAAGUACCCAGUACUUUAUGAAGAGUCCAUGAACACAGUUCUUCGGCAAGAGCUCAUCAGGUUCAACAGGCUUACAGAAGUUGUCCGCAGCAGCCUUAUCAACCUUGGGAAAGCCAUCAAAGGCCUGGUGUUGAUGUCCUCAGAACUUGAAGAUGUUUUCAAUAGCAUGCUGGUAGGCAAAGUGCCAGCAUUGUGGGCAGCCAAGUCCUACCCUUCGCUGAAGCCUUUGGGCAGUUAUGUGUCAGACUUGAUAACUCGGCUGAUGUUCUUCCAGGAGUGGAUCAAGAAAGGAGCUCCAAAUGUUUUUUGGAUAUCUGGUUUCUACUUUACCCAAUCUUUUUUGACGGGUGUUUCUCAGAACUACGCCAGAAAAUACACGAUCCCGAUAGAUCACAUUGGAUUUGAAUUUGAGGUGAUGAACCAAGAGAACUACAUUGAGCAAAUACCUGCUGAUGGGGCCUAUGUGAAAGGUCUCUUUUUGGAAGGAGCUCGAUGGAACAGGAAAAUCAAGCAGAUUGAUGAAUCUAACCCAAAAAUCCUGUACGAUUCCUUGCCCAUCAUUUGGCUGAAACCAGGAGAGAGUUCCAAGUUUUUGCAUGAAAGGAUUUAUCUGUGUCCUGUCUACAAAACCAGUGCUAGGAGGGGCACCUUGUCCACGACCGGCCACUCCACCAAUUAUGUCCUUUCCAUUGAGCUUCCGUCUGAGCUUCCACAGAAACAUUGGAUAAAUAGGGGUGUAGCUGCGCUUUGCCAGCUAGAUGACUGAAUCGUUUGUUAUUAAUGGCAUAGAACAGCAUUUUCAUAUUAAAAGUUUAUAGCUCUCAA